CGCACAUGGGAGAGAGCUGACAGCGCCGAGAGGUGUGGGAUGGUCACUGGAGACUCGCGGAUCUUCGUUUCCAUGUCCAGACCCAACGAUCCCAGCAGGCGCCUGACAACGAGGCUGCAAAUGUCGAGCCACGUCAGCAUGUUGGGUAUCCAGUCCGGAGCCUUGGGAUCCAGGAUCCAUCCCGAUCCCGGCGCGGGUGGAGAGGGGUUUCUCUUCGCCAACACCAACAUCCCGCACGUGCUGGACGGUUUCGAUUUCAGCGGAACUGACGUCACAGGCGAGGAGGGUCUGACCACGCCGGGAGAGACGACACCGUCGUCGUGGACGGUGGAGCAGGUCUGCGGUGUAGCGGUCGUGGCGGUGAUCGUGCCCUUCAUCCUUGUCAGCAAUCUGCUGGUCGUCGUCAGCGUCAUCAAGUGCAAGCGCCUGCAGGUGCCGACCAACUAUUUCAUCGUCUCCCUCGCCGCUGUCGACAUUUUCGUCGCUCUCGUCACCCCCUUCGUCAUUUUAGUGGAGAUUUUACCUAUGCAGUUUUCUAACCUGGUACUGUGCCUGACGCCCAAUCGCAUCCUGCUGACGGCGUGUGGCGUGUCGGUGCUGACGCUCGCUACCAUCGCCUACGAUCGCCACACGGCGCUGGUCAACCCACUGGAGUACGUGUCAGUCAUGACCCGGCGCAAGAUCGGCCUGCUGGUGGCACUGACCUGGCUUUACUCCACAGCCAUUGUGUGGGUUCCGCUUCCGGCCGGCUGGUACUCGCAGCCUCGCCAGGAGGAGGAGGAAUGGGUCGCCUGCUCCUUCAAACUUCAUGACAACGCGCACAUCCUUUUCCUCAGCGCCAUCUUUGGACCAGCCUGCGUGGCCAUCUCCAUCUGCUACUUCCGCAUCUACACCGUGGCUCGCCACCACGCCCGCGCCAUCGCCGCCGUAGAGUCGUCGGUGCAGCACAACCUCCGUAUCCGCUCCAUCAUGAAGGACGCCAAGUACUCUCUGACUCUGGCGCUGGUCAUCGGUGCCUUCCUGGCAUUGUGGCUACCUUACCUCACCUGCCUGCUGGCCGAGGUGACGAGCGCCGUCCAGGUGAGCCCCUGGCUGCGGAACUACCUGACACUGCUAGCUGUCCUCAACAGCGGCCUCAACCCUUGGAUCUACGCCUACAAAAACAACGAGUUCCGUUCGGCCUUCCGGAAGGUCUUUCAAGACCUCUGCCACGCCGGGGCUGCUGCUGUAGCGACACCUGCUUCCGGAAGGAGGGUCGCCGCUGCAGUACUAUGUCCGACGCCAGCGGCUACCGCAACUCCUCCACCGCCACUGUCGCCACCACCGCCAGCUUGUAUCAGCACAGUCGUCGGACCUCCUCCGCCACUCGUGGUCGACUGUCAGACGUGUCCUGUGUCCUGGCUCUGCACGAGGGGAACGGGCGGGAGGAGGGCAGCACAUGCGCAGAUCGGAAGACGGAGGGAGGACUUAUCACCGGACACCUUCCGGUUGACGCAGUUUCCGCCACCAACGAGGCGCUGUUCGUUGAGGGUUUCGCCAACAACGUGCUGUUGGUGCAGAGACGGACUUCGGACACCACAGAGAAGCGCGUGUCCAGUCUCCUCAGUGCCGACUCCAAAGCGUUCAUCGCGGACCUCUUGAGUCUGUACCUCCACCACGCUGUUCUGCAGCCGGAAGUUUCGAGUUCUGAGGACGAUGGACACAAUGACUCCGUGGAUACGGAGUGACUACACAUGACUUGGCUCUUCCCAUGGAAAGUAGUACUUUGGUGACAGUGUAGUGGUCCCAUCUCCUAUUUCCGUUCUUUUUUUGGAAACUUAGCUUUCCAGACCUGUUGGGAUGAUUUUAUCGUUAAAUAACGGAGCUCACUGUCUUUAAGAACGCUUUUGAGAAAGCAGAAGCAUAAAAAGAACCAUUGUGUCUGGUGUCUUGUGCCACAAUGAACGUCUGCUCCGACGACGGUUGGAAGCAAAAGACAAUUACAUUCUGUGUCACACUCCCUUUCACUGGACCAGUGCUGAGGAAAUAUGGAUUUCCACAGGACUUUCGGGGAAGGAGAAAGAAAACUACUUUACGAGUGGACUACCUAGUCUGUACUUUCCGCUUUCUGGCUCCAGAUGUGGUUGAAAGACGCAGGUAUACUGUGUAUUAUUAUUCCCAGAAAUACAUUUGCCGAUCAUCACGGACAGUGAAUCUUGGGUAAAAGGGAAACGAAACAAAAUGAAACGAGUUCCCUUGUGUUUAUUCCUUGAUUCGAUUAAUUUGAGAGAGCCACUACUCAUGGGUGCAAGCACUACGGUGGAGUCUACGUAUACAAACGAGCUUCUUAAGCCAACCAGGACACGUGACUGAAGUUUCAGUUGUUCCGCAGCCAGUGAGUGUACUUACUUCCGUCCAAAGAAU